AUGAAUCCCUACAUUAGCUGGGCAAUCUUGCUCGUCGUGGCAGGUGGCCUCGGCUGGUACUACACCAAUGGCACCACCCCCAAGGCCAACGUGAUUCGAGCUGCCGUGGAGAAAACCGAGGCCACUGUAGCACCCAAGAAGUCAAAGCGCAAGUCUAAGCCUGCUCCCGAGCCGGUUGCCGCCAAGAAAUCCGAGGUGCAGACCGUCGUCUCGCCCCCCACCACCGAGGACGAGAAGCCAGAUGAAGAAAUCGAUCGCAAGGAGAUGGCCCGCCGUAUGGCCGGCCUCAAGACCAACGCCCCUGCUCAGCCCGCUCCCGCCAAGCCCGCUCCCACCAAGAGUCAGAAGAAGAACAAGAAGAAGGCUGCCCAGCUCGAGACCAGCGACACCCGUGCUUCUUCGACCACUGGCGCUGAGGCUGAUGACGAUCUUUCUCCCGCCGCGUCCCCCGCGGUGAACGCCACUGUCCCCUCGGCCGGAUAUGUUUCCGACAUGCUGGAGGCUCCCGCCCCUGGUGCAUCUGUGCUCCGCGUUACUGGCAAUGUUGAGAACCAGCCUAAGAAGCAGAAGGUCCAGACUUUCAAAGAGGUGGAGACCAAGAAGCAGCGCCAGCAGCGUCUCAAGAACGAGGCCCGCAAGCAGCAGGUUCAAGAGGCUGAGGUGGAGCGCAAGAAGCUGCUUGAGAAGCAGUUGCACACUGCUCGCGAGUCUGAGCGCCGCGAGGCUGCCCGAUCAACCGCACCCGCUGCCAACGCUUGGCAGACCAAGGAGAAUACUGCGCCGGUGAAGACCAAUGUGGUCAAUGGCGGAUCCCGCCCUGCUCCCGCCUCUCACGGUCUCCUGGACACAUUCGAGUCCCCUGCUGCCCCUACCCCUACUAAGUGGGCUCAGAACCUUCCCUCGGAAGAGGAGCAGAUGCGCCUCUUGGGAGCUGCCAACGGCGAUGACGAAUGGACCACCGUUUCCAAGAAGCAGCCUAAGAAGAAGGGUGGCAAGUCUGACGAGAGUGUCAGCGAGACCAGUGCCUCGGAGAACCAGUCUACUCCUGUCGCUCCUGCCCCCAUUGAGCCUCGUGUGACCGUGACCCCAACCUACCUCCCCGAUAUCUUGCGCUCGCGUGAGAAGGGCCACCCACUGGACUCUGAUUGGGCCGCUUGA